CAAACUAUAUAUACAACUAUACACUGCAUAGAAAUCAUUUACUGUCUAUAAACUCUAGCGGUAUCAGACGUAAAAUAUAUAUUGGGUGUGGUUGCAUUUAUUUCUUAUUACUCAUUACAUUUAUUUUGCUGUCAAAGUCGAAGUUAAAUCAUUGAGUCGUUUACAGCAACAGAGGUCUAUCAAUAGAAUUAGAAAUAAAAAUCAAAAUGUCUCAACAAUACUAUCCAUUUAAGUGCACCCCGACUGUUUAUCCUGCGGAACCAUUUGAUGCAAACGCAGAUGCAGCUAUUCUUCGUAAAGCUAUGAAAGGUUUUGGUACUGACGAAAAAACAAUAAUUGAUGUUUUAACUAAACGAGGAAUAGUUCAACGUUUGGAAAUUGCUGAAAGUUACAAGACACAGUAUGGCAAAGAUUUGAUAAAUGAUUUAAAAAGUGAACUGUCGGGAAAAUUUGAAGAUUUUAUCAUUGCAUUGAUGACGCCAUUGCCCCAUUACUACGCUAAAGAACUUCAUGACGCAGUUUCUGGGCUUGGUACUGAUGAAGAAGCUAUAGUUGAAAUUUUAUGCACAUUAAGUAAUUAUGGAAUCCGGACUAUUGCUGCAUUUUAUGAAAAUCUUUAUGGCAAAAGCUUGGAAGCUGACUUAAAAGACGAUACGUCAGGUCAUUUCAAAAGAUUAUUAGUCUCCCUUUGUCAAGCUAAUCGAGAUGAAAAUCAAGGUGUUGACUAUGCCCAAGCACAAGCUGACGCACAAGCUCUAUUUGACGCAGACCCAAAGAAUUUCGGCCGUGAGAAACAAUGGGGAACAGAAGAAUCUCAAUUUAAUAUGAUACUAGUAACUCGCAGUUACCAACAAUUACGUCAAACCUUUUUGGAGUAUGAAAAAAUAUCAGGACAUGACAUUGAAGUGGCUAUUAAAAAAGAAUUCUCUGGAAGUAUCGAAAAGGGACUUUUAGGAAUUGUGAAAUGUGUGAAAUCUAAGGUCGGAUUCUUUGCUGAAAGAUUGCAUGCUGCAAUGCAAGGCAUCGGUACUAAAGAUCGCACAUUGAUACGUAUUAUCGUAUCAAGAAGUGAGAUUGAUCUUGGAGAUAUUAAGAAAGCAUUUGAAGAACGAUUUGGUAAAUCAUUGGAAAGCUGGAUUGCUGGUGACACUUCUGGUGACUAUAAGAAAGCUUUAUUGUCUUUGGUAUCAACGUAAUUGAAAAUCGUGAAAUUUAUGAAUUAUAAAAAUACCAUUCAUGCUUACAAUUUGAAAACAAAGAAUUCACAAUUAUGUUAUAAUUUUUUAUUAAAGAUUAUAAUACUCUACACAAACGUGUUCCAAGCUUUCGAGACUAAAAUAUUGCUUUCGUCUUAUGCCUUAGUGUGAAUACAAAACUUAUGAAAGCAAAAAAAAAAUUUAUAUUUAUAAUUAACACGUGACCUUGAAAGUUUUAACACUAUGAAUACAAUUUAUUAGAUAAAUUUUUUGCAAAUAAAAUAUUUAUACUUUUGCAUCUGCAAAGUUUGUACACAAUAUUAAAGUUUAUUAUUUUAUACAAAUAUAUAUUUUUUAUGCUGUUCGAGCAAUUUUAUGCAAGAAAACAAUAUUAUAAUUAUGUAACGAAAGAAAUAUUUUUUUUUGUAUUUGGAAAAAAAGAUUUACUGCUUAAAUUCUUAUAAUACAACAUCGCAAUAAUGUUAAUAAAUGAUUGGAUCAUGAAAA